AUGGGUGCUUGUCUAUCUUCCGCUGGUGACUCCGUGCACAACUCUAGUUCUGCGUUUGUUAUUUCCGUCGAUGGCGAUCUGUGUUCCUACCCAACUCCAAUCUUUGUAUCCGAAGUUCUUCGGUUCGAAAAAUCUUCGACCUUCUUUCUUUGCAACUCCGACGACUUGUAUUACGACCAGUAUAUCAAUGCUUUGGAUUUAGAAUACCAGCUUGAUGCGGCUCAGAUCUACUUUAUUCUACCAAAAACAAUGCUUGGUCGUCGUCUAAGUGCCUCCGAUAUGGCUGCGCUGGCAGUCAAAGCCAGCCUUGCGCUUGAUUCGAAUUCCAAUGCAGAUUCGCAUAAGAGGAACAACAACAAGGCUCGUAUAUCGCCAUUGGUGUUGAUGGAAACGACUGGGGCUAAUGAGAACAAGAAUGUUGGAAGUUUAAGAAUGUCGAGCUCCAGAUCAAUCAGGAAGCUGUCAAAACGUUCUUCAAAGAAAGCUCGAUUGGGUGUUGGAUCUUUCAGGCUUGUGCUCUCCACCAUAUACGAAAACGAUGGGUGUGAUGAGUUGCAGAUGAUUUGA